AUGGUUCAACUACUUGCGGCCCCAGCUCUGUCCCCGAGCGGCAAUGCCAUGCUCGAGGCGAGCAACGACAGAUCUGAAAAUAUGGUCACGUCGAGGGAGGAGCACGCCCAGAGAGCACGAGAGCUCAUGGUCAAGAGGGGCAUGAUGAGGACGCCCAGGCGGGGAUUCUCCCUGACCGACCACCAGGCCCAGCAGAAUGAAGGGCCGCAUUACUUCCACGCCGCGGUGCCUGCGACGGUUGAUCGCAUCCCGGAGCACGCGGCCGUGCCCUCUCCUCAGCCCGUAUCAAAGCACAUGCCGCCUCCCCAGCGGCCCAAGCUGCCUCCUCCUCGUCGGUCGUACUCUGUGACGGACAAGGAGCCCGAGCCGGCCAACCAGCCACGACCAUCUGAACGCCUCACUCUGCUCGAUCUCCCCUCCGAGCUGCAUUAUGCCAUCUUCGACUUCCUCGACCCCAUCGACGGCGCGUGCUUCGGCCUGGCGCACUCCAAGCUGUACGACAUCCACAAGCGCAAGAACGGCAUCGUCCCGCUGUCCAGCCGAUACUCGGGCCCCAACGACAUCGAGUGGGCGUGGCGCGGCGCAGGACCCCUCGUGCACCCUCACUCCAAGCCCGAGGCCACCAGCGAGAACGAGCUGGAGCGCCUCCGCGUCAAGGGCCAGGUCUACUGUCGCAAGUGCGGCAUCUCGCGCUGCGAACUCCACAGGCACCUCAGGGACUGGUUCGGCAAGGGGUACGAGUACUGCGAGAUCAAGGAGAUGUACGGCCCGCCUGCCGGGCCCAACGCCAGGGGAUACUGCUUCAUGAAGUCGCCCAAGAAGCCUCAUUCGUGUGGACGUCAUGGAGCGAAGAAGGUAGUGGCAUAA